CAGGUUUUUUUUCCUUUUUACUUUUUUUUCCUGCUACCCCUCAUUGAGCCACUUGAGCGUGGAGCAGAUGGAAAGAUUGUAGUGGGGGGAAAGUAAGCAAGCAGCAGAGAGAGAGUGAGUAUUGGAAGAAGCCAUGCAGAGAGUGAGGCAGCCCAGAGACGAUGCUUGAUGAGCUGACCAGAAAGUCUUUCUUCCACUUUGCCUCAGAGAGACCAAGGAAUCAGACAGGACAGCCCUGAGGGGAGACAUCAUCUCAUCGUCCCAGCUGACGGGCAAAACCCAGCCCAGGACGUGUAGAGCACAGGAAAGAAAGAAAGAGUUAGAGACGAGGAGAGGAGUUCUGCAGAUGAGAGUUAAAGCAGGGAGGCAGAGGGAGAUGCUCAGAGGGACCAGAUAGUGAGUGACCAAAGUGAAACAAGUAACAGGAUUGCUGAAGGUGUGUCCACAAAGACUGCUCAAAGAAAGGGCGACACACCAGAGUCACCCGAACAAAGGCAAGUGAAGCAGAGAGUGAAAGAGUGAGAGCAGGCAGAAUCAGAGGAACGAGCUAGAUAAGGAUGGCCAACUCAGGUCUCCAGUUGUUGGGCUACUUUCUAGCAUUAGGCGGAUGGAUCGGCAUCAUCUCCACCACCGCUUUGCCCCAGUGGAAGCAGUCGUCGUACGCCGGCGAUGCCAUCAUCACGGCCGUGGGUCUGUACGAAGGGCUGUGGAUGAGCUGUGCCUCGCAGAGUACAGGACAGGUGCAGUGCAAGAUCUUCGACUCCAUGCUCUCGCUGGACAUUCACAUCCAGACAUGUCGGGCCCUCAUGGUAGUGUCGGUACUGCUGGGCUUUAUCGGCAUCAUCGUCAGUGUGGUGGGCAUGAAGUGCACGAAGGUAGGAGAUAACAACCCAGCCACCAAAACCCGCAUCGCAGUGACUGGAGGAGCACUCUUCCUGCUCGCAGGUCUAUGUACACUGGUGUCUGUGUCCUGGUAUGCCACUCAGGUGUCCUAUCAGUUCUUCAACCCAAAUACACCGCCCAAUGCUAGGUAUGAGUUUGGCUCGGCCCUGUUUGUGGGCUGGGCGGCGGCCAGUCUGACGGUCCUGGGCGGCUCCUUGCUGUGCUGCUCCUGCUCUAAAGACGACAUGCGAGGGCAGCAAUAUUACCGCCAAUCACAGCCUUCCACAGCCAGGGAGGCAGAGUUGUUGAGUGAAACUAGUUUCCCUGACUGAUCAGCCCCUGCCUUUUUAUCGAGGACUGUCCGACUGUCCAACCGUUGUCUUCCCCCCUUUCUUUCCUGUUACCUCUUAGACCCUCAAUUUGGACCUCUUGUAGUAGAACAUUCCCCUUUCCUCAAUACAACAUCGGCACCUUAUCAGUUUUAAUGGGAACCAAGAUGCAUUGUCUUCUCCCAUUGUUUCCCUACCUUCUGAGCCUUUUCUGUAAAUAUGGACUCUUAAAGGAUUUGUGAUCAGAUCUUCUAUUUAAGAAAUGAGGUGGUCUCCUCCAUUUCAGCCUUUCCACUCUUUACUACACCUCCCACAACCCCCUCUGUCCCAUUAUUGGACAAAAGUUAACAAUGAGAUGAAACCCUUUGUGAUUUUUGUUGCGCUGAUUUAUGAUUUAUAUCCUAUGACCUCUGGGUUUUUUUUGUAAAUGUGUCUUUUGGGUUUAUUUUGUUCGCUGUGACUGUAUUUUGACUGAAACGUGUCUUUUUUUCCCUUUUGAAUUGCAGACCAAAUGUUAAAAGUACCCCACCAGAGAAAAGGGAGCAGUACUUGUAGUUUGGGAGAGUCUUCUGGCCUUACCAUGGUUUAGAUUCUGUCAACAUGACAAAACCCUCUCACUGAGGAAUCCAAAACAGACAGACAGCAUUAAAGAAAGAAUUUAUGAACAGCAACCUUUCAAGCAUACUGAAGCAACAUAAAUUAGAGUCUUUGUUGGAGUAAAAGAAAUUGUUUGUGGAGGUUUUAUGAAAUUGAUAAAGAUGAUAUCCUUGUCUUGUCUGUUUUGUUGACUUUGGGAGAGACAGUCAUUCAGGGUAUGUUUUCUAUAACAUGUUAAAAUGCCCGGGUGUAUAUACCACCUAUUCUAUUCUUUUUUUUUUUUUUUUUUGUUUUCUUUACUACAUAUAUAAUGUUUUACUACAGUGCCUUAUAACACAUGUUUGUGCACAUGUAUGUUUUUGACUUUGUGGAUUCUUUAGAGUAUCCCGUCCCGUCUGAGGGAUGUGUGUCCAUAGCUCCUCUGCCAGCAGUUCUGUACGCCUUUAUUUUUUAUUAUUGUUGGAUUUCUGAAAAUGAAUGUGAAGCGACUCUGCAGUACCACUUACGGAACAACAAAGACACACGUACGAUAGAUCUUCAGCAUAGUGCCUUAUGCCACUGUUUGUAAGAAGCUGUGUGCCUGUUUCCAAGUAGCCUGGAUUGAGGAUAUACCCAGUACAUUUAUUUUGUUUGGUUAAAUGCCAAAAUGAUUUUGUGUGAAUGACAGAGUCGUUGUAUUAUUGACUCUAAAGGAUGUACUGUACCGUGUGCUGUCUCCUGUACUAAGGAACGCCAGUUUGCUGAGCGUUCAAAUGCCCCUCUGAUGCCUGCAUUUAUUUACCAUGCCAUUCCUUUCUCUAAUAUUUACCUCCUCGAUGUUGUGUAUCAUCUCAUUUAGCCCUGUCUGUUUCUUUUAGAAUAAAGUAAACAGAGACAUAAAAAUGG